AUGGGUUUUGUACCAUCCAGGUUACCAAUAUCCAGAGUGGGUCCCACACCCGCCCACCUCAUCACCACCGCCGCCUCCCUCCGCCUCGGCCACUUCGUCCACCAUCGCCUCAUCACCACCCACCGUCUUCAUCUCGUUUUGCUCAAGAGCGUCUCUUAUCUUGGUCAUGUGCCAUGUUUAAAGGAUGCAUGGCAUGAAAGCUCCAUCAGACUGAAAGGGAUUAAUUUUCUUGAUUGGUCAAAAGAUGCUGCUACGUCUGCAUGCUCAUCUUGCAGGUGUUUCUUAAGUGGAGAAGGAAGCAGGAACAACUCUGGAAAUUUAGGGAGGUCAGACUUGGAGACAUCUAAAAGAUUUUCAUUUAGUGGCAGGGGAUGGACCAACAUCCUCCUUAUGAUUAACGUCUUGGUCUAUAUUGCACAAAUUUCAACACAAGGGAAGCUGCUUGUAUGGGGUGCUAAGAUUAAUAGUCUUAUUGACCAAGGACAAUUGUGGAGGCUUGCCACGUCUUCCGUAUUGCACUCAAAUAUUGGUCACCUCAUGAUUAAUUGUUAUUCUUUGAACUCUGUUGGUCCUACUGUGGAGACCAUUAGUGGUCCUAGAAGAUUUCUUGCAGUUUAUAUCACCUCUGCAAUUGCAAGUUCGGCAAUGAGUUAUUGGCUCUGCAAAUCACCUUCUGUUGGUGCAUCUGGAGCAGUUUUUGGAUUAGUUGGGUCUGUUUCCGUGUUUGUCUUGAGGCAUAGAAGCCUAGUGGGAGGUGGCAAAGAAGAUUUACAGCAUAUAGCACGUGUGAUUGUUUUAAAUAUGGUUAUUGGGCUUUUGUUCAAAGGCAUUGAUAACUGGGGACAUUUAGGAGGCUUAUUAGGAGGAGCUGCAACAUCGUGGCUUAUUGGUCCAGCAUUGAGGUAUGAAUCUUUGCCGGAGAAUGGGCGAAAGGUUAUUGCUGACAGAGCACCGAUUUUCUCCCUCAUAAACAUGAAAAGAACGAGAACGCCUUGAUAAUGCAAUGGAGGUGCUGGUUUAUGAUAGACUUAUGUAUCCCACUUCUUAAAUCAAAACUCUACCUGUAAGAUGAACUGUACCCACAAAAUGAAGAAAUACUUUUUUGCCUACUCUUUUUUUUCUUUUAUUUUUUCUUCUAAAUGUAAAUAUGUUAUUAAAGCAUCUAAUUACGAUAUAAAAAGUACUUAAGAUUACUAUGACUUCAA